UGUGAGAAUAGGAAAAGUGGAGGUAACUGACAGUCUAAGAUUUAAUUCAAUGAAAUUGAAGAAAGAUGUAACAUUAAAAUGACCCGCCAAAUAUAUAUCAAGAUGGCGAUGGUAAUGUCGCUUGUGUUAAAAAUAUGAUAUGAGAAUCGUCACAUGUAUGUUAAUCAUUCUGGUUGUCGAUUCGAACAAACAGUUCAGUGAGAAAUGUUGCUAACAUUGAAGCCGGAUCACAAGAAGCAUGUGUUGUUUCUAACCAAACAAUCGCCGCCAGUUCUACAAGACUUUUGCAAAUUGGCCUUGGAUUAUUUGCAAAAGGGCCCGAAUGUCAAAGUGUACAAUGCUGCCGCUCAGAAAUUAAACGUUGAACUGGACAUGAUUAAAAAUUCAGUUGAGGGUUUAGUCAAUCUCUUGCUGGAAACCUGUAAACAUAAGUUGAAUGCAGAAGAUUUUCGAGAUUCUGUGAUUGCUCUAGGCUUCACAGAAGAGAAAGAGGCAAUACUAAGUAAAUUAUAUAAUGUAAAAAAAGACGAGGUUACCGAUGCUCUUAAAGAGAUUGGAUUUAAACAGGCCAAGUAUCACGAUAUGGAAUGGAGAUUCGAAGUUCAGACUGCGUCGAGGUGCCUUUUGAAGCAAGUUAUACCACUCGUUGCUCUAAAUCUGUCGGUGAAAAAUCCCGACGACAGUCCCGAGAUAGAGCAUAUUUUGCUACAAACAGAUCCUACUAACUUACUUCAUAUGACUCAACAGUUGGAAGAGGCUCUGCAAGAGAGUCGUAGCCAACAUAUUCGGAGGAUAUCCAAAGCGAUAAAAUAAGACUUUCUGUGCGCGUCUAACAACAUAUUAAAUAAUAUAUAUGAACAAAUGUGAAGGUUUAACAUAAAAGUAUUGAUUUGUAUAAUAAAUGUAACUCAAUGAUUCUCCAA